AUGGACUCAAACGACACGACUACCCGCCUGACGGCAGCGGACGAGAAAGCGAGCGCCCAGAAGCUCAGACAGAACUACGCCCGCGAGGCAUUCCCAGACUGGCCGAACGAGGCGGGUUUUGAUGGCCUGACAGAGCAUCGCGGGCCGAUCGGCCUGCAAGUCAAAGGUACGAUCCCGGCAUGGGCGGCCGGCUCUCUGUUCCGCACCGGCCCCGGCGACUGCAAAGUCGAAAACACCAAGGUCGGCACAUUCAACAUCACGCACUGGUUCGACGGCAUCGCCCACCUCCACCGCUUCGACAUCCUGCCGCCUGGCGAAGGUGACAACGCCGCGUCGGGAGUCAGAGUCCAGUACUCCUCACGGCGGCCAACCGAGGCCUUCGUCAAGGACAUCCAGGCCACGGGCAUGAUCCGCGCCCUCUCCUUCGGGCAGCGCGCCGACCCGUGCGUCGGCAUGUUCUCCAAGUUCAUGACCAUGUUCAAGCGGCCAGAGUGCUACGAGAACAUCGGCGUUACCGUCCACGCCAACCUCCCCGGGCUGCCCUCCGUCGCCGAGAAGAGGAAGCAGCAGCAGCAAAAGAGCGGCGCUGGCCCAACCGACCAAGGACACCGUGCUGUCCCCGCAACCAAGAUCGACAAGCUCUUCCUCGCCACGGACACCUCUUGGUUCUGCGAGGUCGAUCCGGAGACGAUGCAGGAGCUCGCGUUCGUCAACUACGCCAAGCUGCACCCGGAGCUCAAGGGCCUGACGGGCCCGGCGCACAUCCAGCACGACGAGGAGACGGGCGACUACUACAGCUUCAACAUCGACUUUGGCCCGGCGGCGACGUUCCGCGUCUUCCAGGUCAGCGCCGCCACGGGCAGGACCACGAUCCUGGGCAAGUUCGCGUCGAAAGGUGGGUACAUCCACAGCUUCUUUCUGACGCAAAACUACGUCGUCGUGUGCGUCCCCGUGGCGCACUUCAAGCUGGCCGGCGCGCAGGUCCUGCUGGAGGGCUGCCAGCUCGAGGCGUGGAAGGAGUUCGACCCGUCCGAGCCCUGCAGGUGGUACGUCGUCGACCGGCGCCACGGCAGGGGCGUCGUGGGCAGGUUCGAGUCGCCGGCGGGCUUCUUCUUUCACUCCGUCAACGCCUUCGAGAACGACGAGGGAGACGUCCUGUGCGAUCUCGUCUGGUACCGCGACAAUGCCAUCGUGUCCAGCAUGUACUACGACGUCCUGCUCAACAGGGACAACGCCGGCAAGGUCUUCUGGGCGGACCGGCAAAAGAAGCUCAACUGCUUCCCGACGCUGGUGCGGUAUCGCCUCGCCAAGAGCGGCAUGGGCGCCGCCAAGGGCAGCAAGGUCCCGGCCGCGAGCUUGGACUUUGAGCUGCACGCCCCGCACGCCGGCGACAUGCCCACCAUCAACCCGCGCUACGCCUGCAAGAGGCACCGGUACGUCUACUGCCUGAACAACCGCGGCCGGAGCACGCUCUUCGACGGCCUCGCCAAGGUCGACAUGGAGACCCGCGACGUGCUCAUGUGGGCGGGCCCGCCGGGCCACUCGCCCGGAGAGGCCAUCUUUCUCGGCCGCCCAGGCGCAGAGGGGGAAGACGACGGCGUCCUGUUGAGCGUCGUGCUGGACGGCGAGAACAAAAAGAGCUACCUGCUCUGUCUCGAUGCCAGGACGAUGACGGAGCUCGGCAGGGCCGAAUGUGAGUUCGCGAUCGCUAUUGGCCUUCACGGGCAACAUGUCAGGGUAGGCGGGGGUCAGAGUAGCUAA